AUGUUACACUGCUUAUCACCUGGACUGAUUCAAGCAUUUGUUCUUUUAAAGGUGGUUCAUUGUAUCUUGCCAGAAAUCGUAGAAGAAUACAUACAUUGAAGUUCACGAAUAUGCUAUGAGAAAAUUCUUUGCCAGAUAUUUUCUUGUGAAAAUUCAGUUGGAUGCAUUUGCUCCUUGGUUAAAGAGUCGACUUCAGACAAGUUCGAUAUAAAAGAGGAGUUUUCUAUAGGUUCACCCAGCAGAACCUCCCAGCUUGGAAGCCAGCAAUGACACCUGGAUGUAUAAUAGCAAUGUUCUUGAUUAUCGGAAUAAUUUUCAUACCUUUCGGGCUUCUUUGUCUCCAAACUUCAAAUCAUAUUGCAGAAAUCAUCUACCGCUAUGAUGUUGACUGUGUGCCUGAUGCUUACAGAGGAAAUAGGCAAGCUUAUAUUAAGGACAGCUCGAUUUCUAAGAACUGUACUCUGGAAGCGAAGGUUCUGGAAUACAUGAGAGCACCAAUUUAUGUUUAUUAUGAACUUGAGAAUUUCUAUCAGAAUCACCGCAGGUAUGUCAAAAGUAGAAGCGAUAAACAGCUGCGUUUUGGGGCAAAAUACACGGCCGACUCGUGCAGUCCUGUUGAGUGGGAUAAUAAUGGUUCCCCAAUUGUUCCCUGCGGCUUGAUUGCCUGGAGCUUAUUCAAUGAUACAUAUGGUUUUACUCGUGGGUCCAAGGAAAUAAAGGUCAACAGGAAAAACAUUUCAUGGAAGAGCGACCGGGAGCAUAAGUUUGGCAAACAUGUGUUUCCUUCCAACUUUCAGAACGGAACCUUGAUUGGAGGGGGGAAACUCGACCCUACUGUCCCACUGAGUGAACAGGAAGACCUUAUUGUGUGGAUGAGGACAUCCGCUCUCCCCAAAUUUCGAAAGCUCUAUGGUGUGAUUGAAGACGACCUGCAUGCGGAUGAGACCAUAGCUAUUUUCGUAGGAAACAAUUACAACACCUACACUUUUGGUGGAAAGAAGAGCAUAGUCCUGUCGACUGCGUCCUGGCUAGGCGGCAAGAACGACUUCCUUGGACACGCUUAUAUUGUCACUGGUUCGUUGAGCAUCAUCAUAUCGAUUCUCUUUGCUCUGAUCCAUGUGAAGUACCCAAGGCCGCAAGGUGACCCCAAUUGCCUAUCCUGGAACAGGAAAAACAGCAAUAGCUAAGGGGCCCCGCCUGUAUCUACCAUCUAUGAGGGCGCCUCCACAUGAAUCAGUAUUACACAUCUGUAUCUGAAACAUGUCAGACACUGUGCCGCAAGGUUAAUCCCAGAUGAUGAAAAGAAACUGCGUACACCAUGUCCAUCAGAAAUACUAGUUCCAAUUCCGACACAUGCGCUGGGCAUCAAGGUCAACACCGGGAGUUUUUAUUAUUAUUAUUCCAGAAUGCGCACGGUAAUUUGAAAAUGAAAUUGUGGUGGAAACUGUGGAAUCCGCUAAUCCGGUGCGGAUCUGCACAGAGAAACUCUGGUGGCUGCUGUGACUAAUGAAAAGUGGUUAUUCUGGCUUGGCCGUUGUCCAUCGAGGGAGAUGUAAUACCUGAUCAGCCCUGAAAUCUUAAAGGGCUCCCUUCUUUCCUCAUGCUGGGACAACAUUUAUUUACAUCGGGUGUGUUCUUGGAGUUCUCUCCAUCACCGAAUA